GGAUUUUCCUGAAUGUGAUUCGAGAAUUUAAUGUUUAGUCGGACACGAAUAUUUGCGUCAUGGAGAGUAAAAACGUGGUGUUUAGUGGUGGUGGUGGUGGGGGUUUAGAUAAUGAGGGAUUUGUGGGGGAGGAACCCUCCUGUGAAAAAACGAUCAAUUCUACCCCAGCGGAAACCAACCCCACGGAUGAAGAGGAGGAUGCCCCCGACCGACAAACUUGGUCCUCGCCGUUGGAAUUUUUACUCUCCUGUAUCGCCAUGUCGGUCGGGAUUGGGAAUUUUUACCGUUUUCCCUAUGUGGCCUACACAAAUGGGGGAGGAGCCUUUCUGAUUCCAUACCUCAUCGUGUUGUUCUUCAUUGGGAAACCAAUCUACUUUUUGGAACUCGCCCUCGGUCAGUUCUGCUCUUUCGGACAGGUCAAAGUUUGGGAAGCUGUGCCCAUCAUGAGAGGGGUUGGAUACGGCUCAACUUUGGCGUCCUUUUGUGUCGUCAGCUACUACGUGUCCGUCAUGGCGUUGACGGUUUUCUAUUUUUUCGCCUCCUUUCAAAAAAACCUUCCCUGGACGGUUUGCGAUCCGGAGUGGAACGUCGACUGCGCCGAUAAUUCGACGUCCUAUGCAGAAAUUUAUUUUGAAAAAACUGUGCUACAAAUCCUACCCGAUAUUUCUUCCGGAAUUGGCACACCCACUUGGGAAUUGACGUUGUGCUACUUAUUUUCAUGGCUGGCUGUUUUCUUUUCGAUCAUUAAAGGAGUCGCGUCCAGUGGAAAAGUAGCCUACUUUACUGCGAUAUAUCCCUAUAUUGUGCUAAUCGUGCUGCUAAUUACGGGAGCCACCAAAGAAGGAGCGUCUGAUGGCAUGUGGUACUUUAUAAAGCCACAAUGGGACAAAAUCCUUGAAGCGAAGGUGUGGUAUUCUGCCGUGUCGCAGUGCUUUUUCAGCCUUUCGACUGGAUUUGGGCCGAUUAUAAUGUACGCGUCGUAUAACCCGUUUCGGCACAACGUGUACAGGGAUGCCAUGAUUGUGUCAUUAAUCGAUACAGGAACUUCUCUGUUGGCUGGAUUCACGGUUUUUUCCAUUCUCGGAAAUUUAGCCCAUGAAACCGGCGCAAAGAUUGAAAAUGUGGCAAAAAGCGGUCCCGGUCUGGUAUUCGUUUCAUAUGCGGACGCGAUCGGAAAGUUCGACCAAGUUCCACAGCUAUUUUCGACCCUUUUCUUCCUAAUGCUGUUCAGUCUUGGAGUUGGAUCCGCCGUGUCGUGGCAAAUGGCUGUGAUUACCGUGAUUUGUGACCAAUUUCCAAAAUUGAAGAAAUUACAUGUUACCAUGGCAACGUGCGGGGCGUGCUUUUUGCUCGGACUCAUUUAUGUGACACCGGGUGGCCAACAAGUAUUAACUUUGGUGGAUAACUUUUCCGGAAAUUUUGUAAUCUACAUUUUAGCGACGCUCGAAGUGAUGGCGAUAAGUUGGGUUUACGGGUUGUCUAAUAUCGUGACGGAUUUCGAAUUCAUGUUGGGACAAAAGAUUGGAAUUUAUUGGAAAUUUUGUUGGGGAUUUUUUGUUCCCGUAUUUUUAUUUUUGAUACUAAUUUAUUCUUUGGUUACUAUGGAAACGGUGGAAUAUAAUGGCGUCCCCUUACCGGGAAGAGCGAUUGCUGCUGGAUGGGUCUUGGCGUCAUGCUGUCUCAUUUUCGUCCCAAUCUUUGCAUUUAUCGAGAUCUUCAAAAACUCGAAUGAAAAAUUGACGCUUCUGGAGAAAGUCAAAUCUUCUCUGACCGCGUCGUCCCUCUGGGGUCCAAAAUCUCCCAAGGAACGGGCCCUUUGGGAAAAUUACGUUAUUGAAAAUAAAUCUAAAAGUAAAAAGGGUUCUUGUUUUAAAAGAAAGAAAUAAUUUUUUGUUGCUAAUAAUGUCAAGAAUUCUCGAUUUUGUAAAUAAUAAAUAAAUAAAAAUUGU